GCUUACCCCUUGUCUUCCAUGGAUUCUAGACGAGGCGAGGUCGACCAAAAUCAAGCCGGGAAAAUCCUUCAACGCUUCGCUGUUUCCUCCGGAAAAGCUUUGAUUUUGAUCCAUUGGGUAAUGUUAUGAUACGAGCCUCGUUCGCCACCGCCAUUUCCCAUCUCCAUACGCAUUCUCAUGGAAUCUCUCGAGCUCGUCCUUUGCCGAAGAACGCCAGAGAGGUGAUGAUGUAUUCCCCUGAAUCCUGGCUCGUCAAGGUCGUGUCUACGUUGUUUUUGUGCAGAGCUCAAGAUUCCGAUUGCUGUUUCUGUUUCCUGAGCAAGAACUUGAAUCCUUUCAUCGCUUUCGAGGUUGUGAAGAAGCUGGAGAAUCCUGAAUUGAGUUUUCGGUUUUGGGAGUUUAGUAGGUUUAAGCUGAAUAUUCUCCAUUCGUUUUGGACUUACAACAUGCUCGCUAGAUCCCUUUGCAACGCGGGAUUUCAUGAUUUAGCCAGGAAGACGCUCGAGUGUAUGAGGAGUGAUGGGGUUCCACCCGAUAGUAGAUUAUUAGGGUUUCUGGUUCCGUCAUUCGCCGAAAAGGGCAACCUUGAUUUCGCCAAGACAUUGCUUGUUCAGUCUUACGAGGUUGAAGGUACUUCCUAUGUAAUGAACAGCUUGUUGAAUACUUUGGUUAGGUUGGGUCGUGUAGAGGUAGCAGUUAAGUUAUUCGAAGAACAUCCGAGAUCUCGGUUAUGUGUUGAUACUUGUACGUUCAACAUUCUGAUGCGAGGUUUGUGUCGAAUAGGGGAAGUGGGCAAAACAAUGGAGCUUUUCGGUGAGAUGGGAAGUUUUGGUUGUUCCCCUGAUACAGUCACUUACAAUACUCUCAUCAAGGGAUUGUGCGAUACCGAUGACUUAAACAGAGCAAAAGAUGUGUUUGAUGAAGUCAAAUCGAGAAGUGAUUGCUCCCCGAAUGUUGUUACAUAUACCUCGAUGAUGUCAGGGUAUUGCAAAGUUGGAAAGAUGCGAAAAGCCUUUCUUCUGUUGGCUGAAAUGAUCGAUUUGGGAAUCAACCCGAAUUGUAUAACUUUCAAUGUUCUUAUCGAUGGUUUUGUUAAAGCUGGUGAAAUGCCUUCUGCAGAAUCCAUUCUUGGAAAAAUGAUUGCUUUUGGCUGUUGCCCGGAUGUUGUGACCUUCACUUCCUUGAUUGAUGGAUAUUGUCGAGCAGGAAAACUGAACCGAGGUAUGAAACUCUGGGGUGAAAUGAGUGCCAAAGGAUUGGACCCUAAUGGUUAUACCUAUUCGAUUCUUAUCAACGCACUGUGUAAAGCGAACAGGUUAAAGGAGGCCAGUGAACUUCUGAGGGAGCUAUCUUGUAAGAAUAUCAUUCCAAAACCAUUUAUGUUCAACCCUGUCAUUGAUGGAUUCUGCAAAUCCGGUAACAUCAAUGAGGCCAAUGAGAUUGUGGCGGAGAUGGAGAUGAGGAAAUGCAACCCAGAUAAAGUUACGUUUACGAUUCUCAUGAUCGGGCACUGCAUGAAGGGGAAAAUGUUCGAAGCAAUCAGCAUUUUCCACAAAAUGCUGUCAAUGGGUUGUUCACCUGAUAAAAUUACAAUGAAUUCUUUGGUGUCUUGCCUUCUUAAGGCUGGGAUGCCUAAGGAGGCCUACCGCCUUAAGAAGGUAGCUAUGGAAAACCCGAGUGAUGGUGAAACAGCACAUGUGGGUGAGCUCAAGCCUUCAAAAAACAUGGUAGAAGUACCAGUGGCUUCUUGAAAGGAAUCGCUUUUUCGGCCUUCAGGCUUCAACCCACAUCAGGCUUCAACCUGAAGCAGACCUGAACAGCCAGCUAUGUUCAUACGAUUUGCCUGAUUGAGGAUGGAAGAUGUUCAAGUUGAUUGCUUCAGUCAUCUCUAGCAUGUGGUUAGAUACGUCUUCUCAAGCUGAUUCCGCAGGUGAUGAUGACUGCUCGUGUGGAAAGACGAGACCAUGGUGAUCAAAGGACUUAGCAGUCAACUCCCGGGCCGAAAAGAAAAACAGCGAUGCAAGAGCGAGUGAGUGAGCUCGCAACGUCGGGUGAUGAUCCGUACGCAUAAACCUCGCAGAAGCCGGUAUCAUUGUUGAGAACUUGUCUACAAAGACAAGAACUCUUUCUCUGGGUAUUGGAAUGGUUGGAUAAAAGAAAAGGGUCACUAUCACUAAGAAGUUCUUGCUGGCUUACCUUGAGUCCGGCAUUAUAUCAAAAAUACAUUUAAUUUGCUACUUCUACUUCAAGACAUACCCUUGUGACCAUGUGACCAAUAUGACC